AUGGGUUCGAACGUGAUGGAACCAGAAGACAUAGCAACAUACGCCAACGACCGAUGGAAAGAUUUGGAGAAUUUGACGACCAUUUGCAUGUCGUUUGGAAAGGUGCAUGGCCAGGGAUUAUUCCUAUCAAAUCCUCUUGACUCCAUACUCCCUCUUCUCCUCAUGCAAUUCUCCCUCGCUUCUCUCUCUAUCCUCUUCACCUUUCUCCUCCUCAAGCCUCUCCACCAAUCCAUCUUUGUGGCACAAACUCUAGGUGGUAUAAUACUAGGUCCAUCGCUUCUAGGCCGGAGUAAAACAUUCACCGCAAAGGCCUUCCCCCUAAGAGGCUUCAUACUCCUCGAUCUCCUCUCCGCUAUCGGAUUCACGUUCUAUUUCUUCCUUGUCGGAGUGCGAUUGGAUCCCCAGAUUCUUAACAAAAUCAAGAGGAAGACGUUUGCCAUUGGAACUGUCACGGUGGUGGUGCCAAUAAUACUAACCGAGUUCUUCACUUUUGUCAUGCUCACCAUGGUGAACAUAGACAUAGAGCCUUUCGUGGCAACGUUCCUGCCUGUACUAGCGCAAGCUCAAUGUGUGUUAGGCUCUCCAACCAUCGCCGUCCUCCUCACCGAGCUGAAGAUCAUCAACUCCGAGUUCGGCAGGGUGGCGAUGUGCUCAUCAACAGUUAGUAGCCUCCUCAGCCUCAUCAUAACAACAUCCAUGGUUCUGGCGGGCCAGUCGCAGCACGACAAGUAUCUACUCACGACACUUAUUGCAGGAUCCAUAUAUACAAUCUUUAUAAUUUUCAUCAUCCGUCCUGGAGUUAUCUGGAUGUUAAGGAGGAACCCAAUAGGAGCUCCAAUGAAGCAAAGCCACUUCAUUAUUUUGCUUGUGGUGGUAUUAUUGACGGGGUUUUGUAGCCAGGCCUCGGGUUUGCACCUCUACUAUGGGCCUGUCAUCCUUGGGCUAACUAUACCAUCGGGGCCACCGAUAGGGUCUGCGCUGGUGGAGAAGCUUGAAUUCAUCACCUACUGGAUGUUUAUGCCAUUCUUCUUCGUCAAGAAUGGCUUGGUGAUUGAUGUCUUUAACAUUUCGCUCAAGAACUAUAUGAUCUUGCAAUCCCUUGGUCUUAUCGCCGCAGUAGGGAAGUUUGUAGGAGCCUUUGUCUGCUCUCUCUACUACAAAAUUCCAAAGGUGGAUGCUCUCGCACUUGGCCUCCUCAUGACCACACAAGGCCUACUUGAGAUCGGCUUGUUUAAGAUGAUGAAGAAAAAUAAAGUGGUAAACACUGAAUCAUUUUCCAUAACGUGCAUAUCCAUGCUGAUUAUAACCGGCUGUGUCACGCCAAUUAUAAGAAGACUCUAUGAUCCUUCAAGGAGGUAUGUUGUUUACAAGAGAAGAACUAUGAUAAAUGCAAAACCAGAUUCUGAACUCCAAGUACUAGUCUGCUUACAUGACCAAGACAAUGCUCCUCCAGCAAUCAACCUACUAGAGGCCUUAAAUCCAACUGUGGACAGCCCGCUCGAGGCCUGCGUCCUCCACCAAGUUAAGCUUGUUGGCCGUGCGAAACCCCUUCUCAUCCCUCAGAAGCUUAGUGAAAAACCGUCUUCAAGUGGACCCUCGGAGGGCGUCUUCAAUGCAUUCAGAUGGUAUGAGCAAAGCAACCUCGACAUUGUCUCGGUUUCUGCCUACAUUGGAGUAUCCCCUUACACCCUAAUGCACGAUGAUGUAUACGUGCUAGCGCUCGAGAAGAGAACUUCCCUCGUGAUCAUCCCUUUCCACAACAGAUUCAAUGCCAAUGACGCAAGUGAAUCAUCACAAAAGGCUGCUCUGAGGAUCAUGAACGAAAAUGUGCUCAAGAAGGCACCUUGCUCGGUCGCAAUUCUUGUUGAUCGCGGGCUCUUGAGACCUUCGCGGACUACCUUGGGAAGUUGGUCUCCAUACAGAGUUGGCGUUGUCUUUUUAGGGGGAGACGACGACAGGGAGGCGCUAGCAAUAGGCAUGCGAAUGGCGGAACAUCCGAACAUAAGUUUGACAUUGAUUCGGCUUGUUGGGAAUGGCAAUGUUACGGGCAAUGAUAUGGAGGAAAGGAGGCUUGACAACGAGUUCUUGAGUGAGUUUAGACAAGCCAUGGCGAGCAACUACCGGGUGACCUACAUAGAAGAAGUCGUAAUGGAUGGCUCAGGGACAGUUGCGGUGAUUCGUUCCAUGGAAAACGAUUACCAACUAGUCUUGGUGGGAAGAAGCCAUGACAGACGGUCGCCAUUGUUAUCAGGGCUCGGGGAUUGCAGUGAGCGCUCGGAGUUGGGAGCAAUUGGAGAGAUUUUCGUUUCAGCAGAUACAAAUGGAAACGCCAUGAUUUUAGUGGUCCAACAACAUAACAAAUUAGAGAAUGAAGGCAGUGGGAGCCGUAAACAAAGUCAUGGAGACCCAAAUUCCGUAAAGGAUGAUGAAGAAGAAAUGCCAAUUCAAGGAAGGUCAGCGUAAUGUUGAUUAUCAUCUGGUU